AGGCGCAAGGCAAAAACUAAGACGAUCAGUGAAGUGUCCGGUAGUGGUCGAAAAAUUCGGAAUCAAAAAGGCACUGGUAUGGCUCGUGCUGGACAUUCCCGCCCACCGCAUUUUCGGGGCGGUGCCAAGGCGCAUGGCCCCAAGAAUGUGACCGACUAUGGCAAUACCAAACUCAACAAGAAAGUACGAAAGCUGGCUCUGGUGCAUGCGCUCAGCCAAAAGCUAUUGGAGGGAAAUUUGAUUAUCUUAAAUAGCCUGAAAGAGCUACCAUCACACAAAACAAAGGAGCUGACACGGUUUUUGGAACCCUGGGAUAUUGGGGGGAAAGAUGGCGCAACUGCACUGAUUUUGGACGCCUACAUAUCGGAGGAAGAAGGCCAGCCGCAGUCAUAUAAAGGCGUGCCAAUGAAUCUUUGGGUAGCGUCCUCAAAUAUUUACAGGAUUAAAGUCGGCAACCAUCUCGCGGCUUGUGUGUACGAUAUUCUUAAACACGAGAAGUUGGUACUCACGCUGGCGGCAUUGGAAAAAUUGGAGGAUCGACUGCGAGAAGUGUAA